AUCAGGAAUUGGGAAAAAAGGAACAGAACUUACGGUAAGUUACCUACAUAUGUUUCUUUCCAUAUUUUCACAAAUAUAGGGACGUGAAUGGUAAUUUGAGUUCAAGCUGUUAGAGCCAAGCUGCAAAUGAUGAUUUAGAACCUGCAUAAGAGCUGACGCUAUAUCUCAUCAAAGCAAUGGUUAAUGUUAUUGGAAAGCUGUGACACAAACCCAGUUAGGACACACUCUGUAUGCCAGGACAAUGGCACGACUUCUUUAUAAGAUCAACAUAGCGCUGCUAUUUCUGGUGAUCAUAGCGCUAUGCCUCCAGUUCAAGGUGGGGCACUUUCUCACUCAGAUCUUCACCAAACUUGAAAUUCCCACAGAUAUAGAUUCUGAAGAGCCCCAACACUGGCACAAUGAUAAACAUGUGCUACUGCUGAAGACAGAAUCAUACAAUGCCAACACAACUACAAAAUUCAAUGCUAGUGCUCACUUCCAUCUCGAAUUUAUAUCCAUAUGCCACAUCAACAAGGUCCCUGUAAUCAUGCUGGACCCAGCCCUGGUGCAGAACAAUGUUACGACUUCAUACAAUCUGAGGCUUGGCCUGUUCAACUCAUCCCUAGUGUCAUAUGGCAUCAAAAGUGAUGAUUUGACUCAACCUUUAAUGGAUAAAUUGUACCACGCUCUAGCUGUAAACAACUACAACAUUACCCUACUAAAAGGUGUCGAUAAAAAAGGAGAACAUUAUCUCUAUCAUGUAUUCCUAAAGACUAAAGUAUCAAAUACAACAGCACCAUCUAUAAAGCAGUGGAUUCACAUAGCAAUCAUACACCAUAGACAUGGCAAAUAUUAUUGGAUAGGGCCAUUGCUAGAGGGAAACCAUGCCAAGAAACAUCCACCAGUAAAGAGCAUUAGCUUUCCAGCAGCAUUUGAUAGUUUUGAUGUUACGACCAGUGAUAUUCCUGGACUAUACGUACCUUCAUCUCCCUCCAAAUAUCUCUCCAAUUUAAAACAUUCCAAGUUCAUCCCGUGCAACAGGACCCGGGCUGAUGAAUUCAAUGCAGCCAAUAGCAAGCAAACAAGCAAACAUAAUGCAGACACAACUGCCAAGAAAGCACAGCAGAUUCUGCAGGCGACUAAAGCUGUGUUUGAUGAAGUUGGAAUGAAAUACUGGCUUGUUGGAGGUACCCUUUUAGGUUGGUAUAGACAGUGUGGUUUUAUUGCUCACACUACUGAUGUAGAUGUUGGUGCCUGGAUUGCAGAUCUUAAUCCAGAACUGGAGACACUCCUCAAACGCAAGGGACAGCCCAUCAGGCUGAUGUACCAUUUUGGCAAGCCUGAAGAUGGUCUAGAGUUUGCAGUUCAGGGUUUUGGUAUCAAAAUGGACAUAUUCUUUCAUUAUAUUGAGUCAAACUACACAUGGGUCGGUGGAAUACGUAGCUGGUCACUAGAAAAAUUACGCUGGCUUUACCCCACCAAUAUAACAUUAUGCUCUGCUGAACUAUUUGAAGAUCUCUAUCUUGUGCCAUGUGACUCCCAGGCCUAUAUAGAGGCUGAUUAUGGACCAAAUUGGAUGCUCCCUGAUGAUAAAUGGACAUGGGAUAGGUCUGCACCAAAUAUGGUUGAAGCGGGAAAGUUUGCAAAAUCUGAGAGAAGCAAAGUUGUGCAAAUACUGUAACACAUGAUUUUGUUUUACUAAUUAAUAUUAGUUUUUUCCGUUCUCGAGUACAUGUGUAACUUUGAAGAAUAAUGUCUGAUGAGAGUAAAUCAGAAUCUGGCCAUAGUAUCAGAAUUAAAGGCCCACCUUGGGAAUUUUCAACAUUUUUGGGCAAAAUAAAAACUUACAUUUAAAUUUCAUAGCAUGUCC